UCCCGCAUGCCACUAUAUAAAUCGAUCACAAUUACACACGCCAUGUACGUUUUCUUCUUCGUUCUCCUCUUCUCCUGUUUUCCAAAUCUAUAACUCUCUCUCAAAAUGCAUAUUCAAACCCUAAAAUCUCCAAAUUCCUGUAAUAAAUCCUCCCUUCAAUCCCCAUUUGUCCGUGAAAUCCUCGAUUUUUCCCCACACCACCGGAAGAAACCGAAUCCAAACCCCCAUUUCCCGCCAUUUUCGCUCUCCUGCAAGAACUGCAAGACAAUCGCCAUUGCCGUAUCUAAGAACCGCCCCAAUUCCUAUAAAGUAUCUGAUCCCCGCCUGGACGACGGAAGGGGCGUCAGCAAGGUCGCUGACGUGGCGACGCUCGGGAACCUCUGCGUCGAUGUCGUGCUCAACGUGCCGUCCCUGCCGCCGGCUUCGUUCGAGGAGAGGAAGGCUUACAUGGAGCGGCUAGCUGCUUCUCGCCCGGAUAAGAAAUACUGGGAGGCUGGUGGUAACUGCAACUUGGCAAUCGCUGCAGCAAGGCUGGGGCUUCACUGUGUAGCCCUUGGUCAUGUUGGUGAUGAAAUCUAUGGACGUUUUCUCCUAGAUGUUCUUCAUGAAGAAGGCAUUGGUAUGGUUGGAAUGAAUGAAGAUACUGAAGCUGCUUCCAGUGCAUCUUAUGAAACACUUCUAUGCUGGGUUUUGGUAGAUCCAUUACAAAGGCAUGGAUUUUGCAGUCGUGCUGAUUUUUGCAAGGAGCCUGCAUUCAGUUGGAUGUGCAAACUAUCUGCAAAAGUACAUAUGGCCAUUAAACAAUCGAAGAUUCUCUUCUGCAAUGGUUACGUCUUUGAUGAGCUUUCGCCUGGUUUAAUUAUCUCUGCCCUGGAAUGUGCCAUAGAUGUUGGGACUGCAAUAUUUUUUGAUCCCGGACCACGAGGAAAGACUCUUCUCCAUGGUACGCCUGAACAGCAGAAAGCAGUUAAAAGUUUUCUGAGGAUGAGUGAUGUUCUUCUUUUAACUGCGGAUGAGGCUGAGUCAUUGACUGGCAUAGCAAACCCAAUUACAGCAGGAGAGGAGUUGAUCACCAAAGGCCUACGCACUAAAUGGGUCAUAAUUAAAAUGGGAUCAAAGGGUUCAAUUCUAAUAACAACGUCGCGCAUCUGCUGUGCACCCGCAUUUAAGGUUGAUGUUGUUGACACUGUUGGGUGCGGAGAUAGUUUUACUGCUGCUGUUGUGUUUGGAUUUCUACACGGUGUGCCUCAUGUCAAUACAUUAACACUUGCAAAUGCCGUGGGCGCUGCAACAGCCACAGGCUGUGGGGCCGGUCGAAAUGUUGCCAACUUGGACAAAGUACUAGAGUUAUUGAGGGCUUCAAACCUGAAUGAGGACGAACAACUCUGGAAUAAGCUGCUAGACCAAAAUCCAGACACACCCGAAAUCGUACUCCUUUCAAAAACCGUCAUAAACGGAAGCAGGGACCGGCUGGCUCGAGUGUCCAUACAGAAGGUGGUCUCCGAACUUCUGCCUAAACUUGAGACUGUUCGGGAGAGAAGGAUAGUUCCAUCUUGAUCAAGAAAUUAUGGCCGGAGGAGGUUUUCGUAGAAGAAAGUCAGAGAGGAUGAUUCUCAGUUUGUCGCUAUUGUAGAGCGGGUUGUGCAUGGGAUGACUCAUCUGGGAGGAUGGAGGAUUGUUUUUUUGGGAACGAUUGAGUUAUUCUGAGGUGGGUCAAUUUCAACAUCUGCAAUCAGAUGGAAUCCUCACCAUCCAAAGAAAUCAGAUUCAAGCAAUGGAUACUCAACUUGAAAUCCUCUGCUUGUGGUAUGUAAAUUUAUAAUUUUAGUGAAAUUCAAUGAAAUUGGUUCUUGCAGCAUUGUUUUUGGUCUGCGCCAUUGCCAUGAAUCCAUGUAACUGCAGCAUUCUAGAAUUUUGAUAAAUUUACUCGUUUCACAUCAUUGAGUUCUAUUAAUUAUUUGCAUACAUACUGAUAUUUUCA